AUGGCGAACAAGGCCGCAGCAGCAGACGCAGACGGCAGCAGCCGCGCGGAGGGCCAGAGGGCCCCCCCGAGGGUACUGGGGGGCCCCCCGAGCCCCUGUUGCGCUGCUGCAGGGCCCCCGGGGGCCCCCAAGCUGCUGCUGUCGCCGGAGGGCGGCCUGGGGGGCCCCUGGGGGCCCCCCUCCGAGUGUACAGACACCUCGGGGCCCCUCGAAGACUGCGCAUGCAUUCUACAAAGCCCCGAAAAUGGGCCCUGCUGCUCCCCGGGGGCCCUUUCUUCCAGCAGCCAGUGCAGCACAGGAGACCCUCCGUCGCUUUCUGCUGCUUUUCUUUCUCCUUCUUCUCCCCAGCAUUCAAACCCCUCAGCAGCCGCUGAAAGCUCCCCUCCAAUGCAGGGGGGCCCCCCGGGGGGCCCCCUGGGGGCCCCCCUGGGGGCCCCCCUGGGGGCCCCCGGGGGGGCCCCCGGGGGGGCCCCCGCGGGGGCUCCUCAGGGGGAACCCGAGGGGGCCCCCGGGGGGGCCCCCAGGGGGGCCCCCAUCGGGGACUCCACGGGGCUGUUAGGAGGGGGCCCUUGGAAUUUCGCUCCCCUUGAAGAUCUGCAGCAGCAAAGGGAAAGGCUUGGGGAGGGGCCCCCCAGCGGGGGCCCCACAGCAGCAGCAGCAGGGGGCCCCCCAGUUGUACCUGAGGGGCCCCCGGGGGCCGACAGUGGGGGGGCCCCCACAGGGGCCCCAAAGGGGGCCCCUGGAGAAGCUCUUGGGGGCCCCCCUGGGGUUUCUUCACCAGAAGAUCUGAAGUUGCCUCCUGAAGAAACCCCAGAGGGGCCCCCAGAGGGGCCCCCAGAGGGGCCCCCAGAAAGGGCCCCAGAGGGGCCCCCAGGGGAAGCUCAAAGGGAGGCCCCAGAGGGGGCCCCAGAGGGGGCCCCAGAGGGGGCCCCAGAGGGGGCCCCAGAGGGGGCCCCAGAGGGGGCCCCAGCGGGGCCCCCAGGAGAUAUGCUAAAAGGCAGCCUGGGAAGGGCCCCUAGUGAAGGGGACUUGACGGAAGGGCCCCCAAGGGGGGCCCCUGAGGGGGCCCUAGAGGGGCCCCCUGAAGCAGCAGCAGAGGGGCCCCCUGGGGGGGCCCCAGGAGGGGCUAAAGAGACCCCCUUGGGGUCACCUGAGGGGGCCCCUGCUGCAGAGGCCUUGGGGGCCCCCUUUGCUGCCACGGGGGCCCCCAGAGGGGCUCCUGAAGAGGCCCCAGAGGGGGCCCUUGGGGGGCCCCCCCUUGGGGGCCCCCCCGCUGCCCUUGGGGGCCCUCUUUAUGAACCCCUGGGGCCCUCUGAAGCAUUAGAAGCAGCAGCAGAUGGGGACGAAGGAGCUGCGGUUGAGGCUUCCGUUGCUGCUGCUGCUGCUGCUGCUGCUGCUGCUGCUGAUGCUGCAGCUGCUGCUCCUGGGGACAGCGAAUUGGCAGGGGGGCCCCUGGGGGCCCCUGGGGGCCCCCCCGGUUUGGCUGUGUCUUUGCUGGCCCCGCCUUCAGAAGACACCAAAAGCCGCAGCAGCAGCUGGAACGGCCGCAGCAGCAGCAGCAGCAGCAGCAGCAGCAGCAGCAGCAGCUUCUUGCACGCGUUUUACUCGCGGCAGCGGCAGCAGCAAAUAGAAGAGUUCAAGGGCCGCUCGGAGGCGCGGCAGAACAUGGCGAGGUGGAGUCGUGCUGCUGCUAGGAAGGCUCCCAACAGCAGCAGCAGCAGCAGCAGCAGCAGCAGCAGCAGCAGCGGGAGAGCCAGCGUGCUCUCGCGCUUUCUGCGCAGCUCCACGCUGGAGCAGCAGCAGCAGCAGCAGCAGCAGCUGCUGCUGCCGCUGAGCCGCUCGGUGUCUUGCCUGGACGGAAGGUCAGAGGCGGAGCAGCAGCUGCGGCAGCAAGAGGAGCGGCUGCAGCAAGAAGAGCAGCAGCUGCAGCAGCAGCAGCAGCUGCUGCGGCAGCUGCAGCAGCGGGCAGCAGACAGGCCCCUGGGGGCCCUCGUUGCUGCUCGCUCUCAAAUGCUGCAGCGGGAGCAGCAGCAGGACGCUUCUUCUCGCCGCUGCUGCGGCCGCGAGGCCUUUGCUGCUGCGCCUGCGCUGCAGCAGCUGCAGCAGCUGCAGCAGCAGCAGCAGCAGCAGCAGCAGCAGCAGCAGCGCGAGUCCUGGCGCCUCUCAAAACUGGGCAGCAGCAAAGGCAGGAAACGCAUGCACAGUCUUCCCGCACGGCUUACAGUGUGGGGCGCCUACACUGCUGCUGCGGAUGCCCCCCCCGCUGCAGCAGCAGCAGCAGCAGCAGGAGCAGCAGCAGCAGCAGGAGCAGCAGCAGCAGCAGGAGCAGCAGGAGCAGCAGGAACAGAGUCUCCGCGGGGUUUGCUGCGGAGCAGCAGCGGGACCGUGUUUGUGGGUGCGGGUUCGGACUUGGAGUCGGUGGCUGCUGCUGCUGCUGCUGCUGCUGCGGAGGCGGCGGCGCAGCGCGCAGCAGCAGCAGCAGCAGCAGCAGCAUUUCGACAGUGCGUAGACACCUUUUUGGCCCUCAGAAGAACAGCAAGUGACUCUUCGCUCUGCAGCAGGAAGAGGGGCCCCUUUGCAGGGCAGCAGCUGAGCAGCAGAGCUGGAGUGCAGGAGUUGCUGGAGCGGGCUUUGGACGUGGGCGCUGCUGCUGCUGCUGCUGCUGCUCCUGCUGCUGCUGCUGCUGCUGCUGCGCCUGCAGCGGCGGCAGCAGCGGCCGCCGCGGCUGCCGCCGCUGCUGCGGCCUUCCCGCCGCCCCCUCCCGCCCCCAGCCCC